AUUCUGGCCUUUACACCCCUCCCUUCUCUGUCUAUUGGGAGGCAGAAGACAGGAAAUGACUGCCAUGAAUGUGGUAGAAUUUUCACUAAAACAGGAGUUUGUAGUUCAGGCCCCAUACCAUCCAGAUGUUUUCCUGUCUGAUACCAGCCAGGUGCCCUCCCUCCCUCUGAUAAUUCUCCUCUUCCCAUCCCUCCACAUGACUGCAGCCUUUGGAGUCUCAGUUCCUGGCUGCUUUCCACAUUUCAUUCCUGUCAGAACCCAGGCAUCCUGGCCUUCAGCUGAAAGCGCUGCGUGUGGCUUCCCCUAUCCCUGGCCCCGUGACUCAGUCCCUCUGAGGGAACCAGCCCUCUUCUUGGCACUCGGGGGCUAGGUGGUGACAUCAGAAUUGAGGGGUAUAAAAGUCCUCAGCCAAAAUAGAAUUGAAGACACAACCUGACAGUGGCCUGUGACAGGGACCUCUCCGCCUGGUGUCCACGGAUGUCUGGAGGCAGAUUCUCACUGUGUCAAGGCCUGCCCACUGACUCCAUGCUGGGCUCUCUUUCCCUUCUGUGGCUUGUGGCCAUGACCACCUCCUUGGUUUCUAAAGCUCAGAUCUUGACCCCCCAAGACUAUGAGGAAGAGGACGAUGAGGCGGUGACCACACCUUCUCUGGCUGUCCCUUGCGACUAUGACCGUUGCCGCCACCUGCAGGUGUCCUGCAAGGAGCUGCAGAAGGUUGGGCCAGUAGCCUGCAUGUGCCCAGGGCUCUCCAGGGAAGAUCAGCAGCCAGACCCUCCGCGGCUGGGAGAAGUGCAAAUUGUGGCUGAGGAAGGCUGCGCGGUUGUCCACUGGUGUGCUCCCUUCUCUCCAGUCAGUCACUACUGGCUUCUGUUUUGGGAAAGCAACGGGGCUCCACAAAGGAGCGGCCCCCUCAAUGCAACAGUUCGAAGAGCGGAGCUGAAGGGACUGAAGUCUGGGGCUAUUUACAUCCUUUGUGUGGUGGCUGCUAAUGACGCUGGUGAGAGCCGCGUUCCUGAAGCAGAUGUUGAGGGUCCUGAGAACUGGGCUGGCUCUUCCUUUGGGCCUUGUCGAAAGCUUGCCAUGCCGCCUAGACCUGUCACCCUGGUCCAUGCAGCUGUGGGAGUAGGCACGGCUCUGGCUCUGCUGAGCUGUGCCGCCCUGGUUUGGCAUUUCUGCCUUCGUGAGCAGUGGGGUUGCCCCCGACGGCAAGGGACCGCCCAAGCUUCAGAAGCUCUCUGAUAGGAGUCCUACGGACUAGAAGCAAAUCUGGUGCAUUCCAGCCACAUCUGGAGAGCCCAACCCACUCCCAGGAGUGUGGGGCCGGCUGCCACCUGGCACCAGCAGCGCAGCCAAGUCAGAGCAGAGGCCCCGGCAACUGGCCUCGGACUGAGAGCUUGUUUAGUCCCAAAAUAACCGGUCACUAUGUUCUCUGGGCUCUAGGAGGAGUAGCAAUUAUUCCUUGGGGGUCAGAUGUAAAUGAUUUAAGCUUUAUGGGCUUGAGGGGGUAAAAUUGCAGACAUUACAAAGGUACUUAUACAUAGCCAGUUAAAAUCGAGCUGUUUAAGGCCCUGCAUAGUGGUCUACAAUUCUAAUCUCCAGCACUGACCCUGUCUCUAAAAUAAAGUAAAACAAAAGCAAAAACUAACAAGGGGGGGGGGUGAGGGAGAAAGAUGGUUCAG